AUGAUGCGUCUUCCCAUCAGCGGCUCCAAGAUCAGUUUCGCCGCUGUCUUCCUCGUUUCUCUUUGUUUCUCCACACUGCUCAUGUGGAAAACUACCAGAUCCUUGGACAGCUACAACACUGGCGGCAGCAAGAAGCGGAGAAGAGCUGGGUGCAGCAGAGAUGCUGCAGAAUUCUACAUCCCAACAGAUUUAAAGACUUGCAAGCAGCCCAGGAAGGUUGACUGGUUUAACGAUUUCCUGGCCAAAAACCUCAAGAACAAUCCUUUGGAACCUGGAUGUUGGGAGGCCAACAACUCUUGCGCUCCGUUUCCUUGCUUCAAGCUCUGUGAAACAGGCAGGUACGCUGAGCUGAGAAAGAUAUGGUCUCCGGAGAAGCCUGGGAAGCAGAAGGUCUUGGCCUUUCAGUACGGCAAGGUUGCCAGCUCAGCCAUCGUGGAAGGCAUGAAGGUUCAGCUUGGAAUUGAAGUUGCCCAUGCCCACCUGGCAGAGCAUGCCCGGCAAUGGCUUGACGGCAAAAGUACAUCGAUUCCUGCGCCGCAGCAGGGUUUUGCUUUGUCACAGGAGUGGUCUUUGAAACCAGGAGACGACUGCUUCAUCAUCACUGCCACGCGCAGCCACUUCAGCAGAGAUCCUUCGGAAUAUUUUGAGAACAUCCUGUACCCAUACCAUCCGUAUGGCUUUCACCCGAGGGGCAUUCGUCGGUACAACGAUACACCCCCUGUGGCUGGUGACCAGAGGUGGACACAGGAAAAGAUUAUGAAGCUCGGAAAGGAUCAUGUUGAAGCGCUCCAAGAGGACUUCCAAGCGCAGCAUGAAGUUGUCAUCCAGGCGUACUCCAAGUGGUAUUCAGGUGCCUUUAAAAGCGCCACUGACGUGGAUAUCAUGCAGCAGAGGUUUGACCCAAAGAAGAAACACAUGCUGGUGCAUGGCGAACGGUGCAGGGUGCUAGUGCUGCGAUUCGAGGAUAUAGGUGAAUGGACCAACAUCAUUGGACAAUACUUUCCUGGCUUCAAAAUGCCGCAAGGUUCCAACAGAGCCGAGUUGAAGUGGUAUGCGGAGGCAUACCGGAACUUCUUGAAGACCUUGUCCUACCGGCCUGAAGAGUUGAAGGCCAUGUGUGAGACAGAGACGGAGACGCACUUCUAUGCAGAAGAUCCUGAUUCUGAAUGUGCGGAUGCCGACUUCUAG